AUGACCAGCAAUAAAGACCAAUAUCUCGCCAUUCGGUAUCCUCUGCGCUCAAGAGAGACCAGAACUCCUCGUAACGCUCUGACCUCCAUCAGUCUUGUGUGGGCUGUAUCGCUGUUCUUCUCCAGCCCUUAUCUCAGCUACUACCAGCAGAUGGAUCUAGACGGGACCACCGUUUGCAUCCCAGCAUGGAACACCCAUCAUCGUCGAGCCAUGGACGUCUGCACCUUCAUAUUCGGCUACCUGAUCCCAGUCCUCAUUCUCGGCAUCACGUACGCCCGCACCAUCCGCUACCUCUGGACCUCAGUGGACCCCAUGCAGGACAUGUCGGAAUCCCGCAAGGCCAAGCGCAAGGUGUCCAAGAUGAUAAUCAUCGUUGCUGCGCUCUUCUGUUUAUGUUGGCUGCCACAUCACCUGGUUAUCUUGUGCAUGUGGUUCGGCCACUUCCCGCUCAACCACACGACCUACGUCCUCCGCAUUCUCUCUCACCUGGUGGCGUACACCAACUCCUGCCUGAACCCCAUCGUCUACGCCCUGGUGUCUAAACACUUUCGAAAGGGCUUCAAGAAGGUGUUUGGCUGCGCGUUUCGUAAUCGGGUCGUAAAGCGGAUCCACACCGUGCAGCCGGCACAGACAGUGAGCCUGAUGGAAGCUGCUUCAUGCGAAGGAUCCAAUCAUAGCGACGGGUCAAACCGGGGUCGUCUCUGGAGCAAAAGUAGCAAGAAGAUGAUGACGAGUGCCUUCAUGACAUUUAAUGUGACAUAA